AACUCCAAGAGCAUCGGAGCAACAAAAACCAAAUUUAAAGAGUUCGCCGGAAAAACAUGCCGACGAACAACACACCUUUCCUCACUAUAUUUCUCCUCUUUCUUGGUUUAUUCCGGUUCGAUUCAUUUCCCGGCUUAGAAGCUGCGACCGGGAAAUUAGCUUCGAUUCCAGGAUUAUACGUGUUCGGAGAUUCGUUGGUUGAUGCCGGAAACAAUAAUCACUUACCAAUUUCAAUAUCUAAAGCUAACUAUCCACAUAACGGCGUUGAUUUUCCGAACAAGAAACCCACCGGAAGAUUCUGUAACGGCAAGAACGCCGCCGAUGCUAUCGCUGAGAAAUUUGGUUUACCGUUACCACCUCCGUAUCUCUCACUUAGAGGCUUACUAAAAAGGGAGAAGAGAAAAUCUGCCGCCGUGACCGGUGUGAAUUUUGCUUCUGGUGGAGCUGGAAUCUUCAACAGUACCGACCAAAAACUUGGACAAGGUAUUCCUUUAUCAGAACAAGUCAACAAUUGGCUCUCUAUUCACGAAGAACUCAUGAAACUUGAACCAUCCGAAGCACAGAUUCACCUAUCGAAAUCUCUAUUCACUGUUGUCAUAGGAAGUAACGAUCUUUUCGAUUACUUUGGAAAAUUCGAACUCCGACAACAGAGCAAACCUGAAGAAUAUACAAAAUUAAUGGCUGAUAAACUCAAAGAGCAAUUAAAGAGAAUUCACGAAAGUGGAGCGCGCAGAUUCCUUAUAAUCGGAGUAGCACAGAUCGGUUGCACACCGGGAAAAAGAGCGAAGAACUCGACAAUCCAUGAAUGUGACGAAGAGGCAAACUUGUCUUGCUCCUUGUACAACGAAGCUCUAGUAAAGAUGCUGCAACAACUCAAGCAAGAGUUGCAAGGCUCAAUGACUUAUACUUACUUUGAUAACUACAAGUCCUUACAUGACAUUAUCUCCAACCCAGCUCGUUACGGUUUUGCGGAUGUGACAUCAGCGUGUUGUGGAAAUGGGAAAUUAAACGCAGAUCUUCCUUGUCUUCCUUUGGCAAAGUUGUGUUCAGACAGAACCAAAUAUCUUUUCUGGGAUCGCUACGGUCAUCCCACAGAAGCUGCUGCUCGGACCAUCGUCGAUCUUAUGUUGACUGAUGAUUCACACUACUCAUCUCCUAUAACCCUUACUCAGUUGGUCUCUACAUGAUCAAUAAUACACACGGCUUCGUUUUUUUUUGGAAGAGAGUAGUACAUAAUCAAGUAGACAAAUGGGAUUUGGAAACUUGAUUUGUAAUCAAGUAUACGUUACUAAUGAAAUAUAUAAGUUUUU